CAGUGGAAAUGAGGAGGAAACAAAAAUUUGGCGCCAUUCGAGCAGCUUUUUGGUAUUGAUACUGGACUGUUGGUCCUCUGCUGCCUUUUUUUUUCCAUUAUUCUUUUUUUUUUUUUUUUCCCCAUGUUACGCCCGGCAGAUGAAGCAACGAAGGAAACGACAGGGUAUAUUGGCAGGCGUGGUAUCUCUUUUCUUUUUCCUUUUUUUCUUUAUUUACCCUUUUUAUCUGAGGGAGGUCUUUGGGCGUUUUACUGCGGCUUGUCAAUAUGGGGUUUUUCGGUAACAUUCUUUUCUCGUUCUUCCCGGGCAUGGUUUACGUUGAAUUGGGAUGAUUAUUCCGUGGCGUGGAAAAGGGGGAUUUAUCAUGUCCAAAAUUUCUUUUGUUCUUUGGACUCAGCAGCAACAGCAGCAGCGGGGAAGUGUUCUAGCUGCUUGCAAACAAAUCACACGGUGUGUUGGCUCCAUCGCUCAUUAUCACUUUUUUUAAGAGUCUUUUUGAGCUUUGUUAGCUUGAUACUUGAUACCACUUAUAUCUUAAAUAAUACAAUUGCAAAAAAAAACUUUGCCAAAACCACACACUCUCCGUACUUACCUUUGGUAUCUAAGGUAUCUAGCUCCGUUCUUUAGUUACAGUUUUUGUGUCGUCGAGUUCAAGCCGUGGGAAGCCGCGUUUAGCCAGCGCAGUAGCUAAUCAUGCAGUUAUGCAAAUGGUC